CUCCACGUGGCGCAUCACCCCAUCAACUGCUUCGCGGCUGCCCGCUCGCCGCUUUGCCCUGCCUUGCCUUCCGCGUGCCGCCCAUUUGCUCACACAGAGAGGCCACUGACUUUCCUGUUUGGACUGGCGUUGUUGGCGUUCUCUUGUGUCUAUUUUCAGUGGAAUCCAGUGAUCAUCUUCAUUGUACUGGUGCUUGUGCUGCUCUUGUGUGGCCGUUUUAGAAAAGACCCAGUGGCUGUUGUCUAUGUACUGGCUGUUCUGUUGUCUGUGGUGUCCUGCCUUCCCUAUCAAAUGAAAAUUCCGCUACACACCCGCGAGGUUACAAAGUCGCUUCACAGUGAUGGUGAUGCGUGUCUGCAAACCAAGUACACACCACUGCCUGUAGCUCAACUACGGGAAAGGCUGAGGAAGAAUAUAGUGGGCCAAAGUUUGGCAAUAGCGACGAUAAUUGAUAACCUUUCGGUGUUCAGUGACUCAAGGUCCUCCCGGCCCUUUGUGCUGUGGUUCUCGGGGAGGGAAGGCAGUGGCAAGACGCUCACUGGCACCAUCAUGAGCAGUGUGCUGGGCCAGGUGUGCAGGGUGCAGACAUUGGUGUCUUCACACCUGCCUGAAGACCGACAGGUGCUGCAGCAGAAGGCGGAACUGCUCAUUCGCGGAGUGGACCCCUGUGUUCCUAACUUUCUUGUCAUAGACGGCUGGGAUGGAGAUUCCUUAUCCGCCCUUGCCAUCUUGGAUGCCUUCCUGAUGGGACUGCAAGAGGAUGAAAAUCUCUGCAGCAGCAACGUCCUGGUGGUCUUGAGUGGCACCCGAGCAGCCCGGGGCGUGGAGGAGCACUUCCUUGAUCUUGGCCGCGCCGGACGAAGGAAAGGGAACCUUUACCAUGACUUCACCAACCUGAGCAUUGCGCUACAAGACGAACACCUCCUAAGCCGAGUCACGCCUUCUGCUGUCUUGGUGCCAUUCCUGCCCAUGGACGCCGUGCAGGUGAGGAGGUGCGUCACGAGGGAGCUGCUGACGAUGGAGAAGUGGGAGUUUGUGGUGGACGAGGUGGCCCUGGAGAAGGUCCAGCAGCAGGUGUUGGGCCUCAUCGAGUUGGAGCCCGGCACUGACCCUCCCCUGGCUGCACGUGGCUGUGAGAGAGUGUCCUUCCUCCUCACACUUCUGCUGCCUCACUUGCAGUUGUGAGUGUGUGUGUGUGUGUGUGUGUGUGUGUACGCAUGCAUACGCUGCUAACACACACACACACACACACACACACACUCUCUCUCUCUCUCUCUCUCUCUCUCUCUCUCUCUCUCUCUCUCUCUCUCUCUCUCUCUCUCUCUCUCUCUCUCUCUCUCUCUCUCUCUCUGUGUGUGUGUGUGUGUGUGUGUGUGUGUGUGUGUGUGUGUGUGCAAUACCCUUUGUAAAAAGAACACAAUUCCUACAAGCUUGGGUAACGUCAUGAAUUAUUGCAACAGUGACAGGCACAGGAGUGAGGAGAGACGCGAGGUGGCUGGGUCCGUAACGAGUCUGCUGGGCCCUCUCUCUGUGUGUGUGUGUGUGUGUGUGUGUGUGUGUCAACCCUCUGUGUCUCUGUCUGUAUCUUCUCAGCGUGUGUGUGAACCCUCUAUGUACCCGCUGUACCACUGAGGCGAGACCACUAGGAUCCCGCCAGACACUGCAGCUCAGUACUUUGCCUCGAGCACGAACUUCACCUUGAUCUAGCGUACAUACCUCCCGUGCAGUAUAUACAUCACGGCACAUAUACUGAAAUGCUUUGUUUUCCCUCAAAGACUCUUUUUCAAAGUUCGCAGAGUUCAUUAUUUGGGUUUACAUGUGUCUUUUUGCCAUUAACGAUGUAUAGCUAUUGAUAAACUAUCACUAGGAUUAUGUAAACACCUUUAUAUACUCUAAAAACUUUUGCUGGAGUGUUAAAAAAAAAGUAUCUAGAAUAAUGAAAACAUCUUAUAAUCUACAAUAACUUCCACUACGUAAAGCCUUUGUGUAACUAUACAAAUACUCUACGUAACUACAAAAAUACUCUUCGUAACUAUAAAAAUACUGCGUAACUACAAAAAUACUCUUCGUAACUAUAAAAAAAAAAAAAAGUUACCCUACGCUACCAGAAUCGUGGAAAUCCCCUUAGAAGUCGCAAUAACUUCCACUAAACUUAUUGAACUAUUUCUAUACCCAUGAAAACACACUUAAAACAUUAAUAACGUUCACGAUAACUAUGAAAACCCCGAUAACGUCCACUAAUACCCUUUAAAAUAUUACUAGAAGCAUGAAAGCGCUCCCGGAAGCUCAGUACCUGCCGGCAGAUUUCGUCAGUGUGUCAGUAGGGCUCAUGGGUGAUGGGCAGGCAACACUGUCGUACACGCGCACCACUUAUGUUACGCUGUAAGAAAAAUUUUUUAUAGUGUUUUCUUAAUUAUAGAUUUAUCAAUAUUGCGUGAGGUAUUUAUUCUAUUGUUGAUGUGCCAUGUAUGUAGUUUGACUGUUAUCGUUAUAUCAGAUAUUUAUUUAAUUGUUGCUGUUGUUGUUGUUGUUGGUGGUGGUGGUGGUGGUGGUGUACCGCAGUGAGUAAUGUAAAAGUGUGGCCAAUAAAUCAACAACAAAACAACAAAAUCUGUCGUGAGAAUUGUUCACGGGAUCAAGUGAAGGA